CCGCGACGCGUUGCGCUGCGUUGCACUGCGUUGCGUUACGCUUGGCCCGGCGGUCGUCGAAGCAGCCAGUUUGCCACGAACCUUCGUCGUGCGCUUUUGUCGUGUGGAUAUUUUUUACAUGUCGACGUUCACUGACAAUUCGAAGUAAUGAUCGUGAUAAUACGUGACAAUACGCCAAAAAUCUCGAUGGGUUCUCGCGGCUUCGUCGUUAGCCGUCGUAUAUGUAUCCCGUAAAUGCGAGUCGCGGGUGUCAGAUGCGUGCUGCGAUUCGUCUCCGAGUCGUUCUAUCUAUUCUGAAUCGCGCCGUUCGCUCGCUCGCGUGUGGCAAUAUUAUGUGAUUCGACUCGUGUGUGUUACGCUGUGAGAUGAGCGAGGAUUUACCGGCAGAUUGAAACGCAUGCAGGCGCAUAAAAGAGAGCAAGAGAACAGACAUCUACGGAGUGGAGACAACAGAGUGUGAAAGAGAAAGAGAGAAAGUAUAAGAAAAACGCGACAUGGCGCCCCCCGACAGGCAGAGAUCGCCUCGCCCUGGUUCUGGUCUCAGUCUUUCCGUGCUUGAUCUGGCGCAAAUACGAGCGUUAGUCGAGUCGACGGGGAUGCUGGGCGGUUCCACUUGCCCAUCAUGCGAGAUGCCAUUCGACAAGGGCAAGAAGCGUCGUCUGAUCGAUUCCUGCGGACACGAGCGAUGUUACUCCUGCCUUUUUCGCAGCGAAGCCUGUCCGCUCUGUCUGCGCGGUACCGAUCUCAACGAUGACGGGCUCGAGGAGCCGCUCGGAGAUGAGUUUGCCGCUUCCUCGGCUCCGUUGUCCAUCUUCGCGCCCACGGACGGUUGGCUCGACGAGUCAUCAACAGUCAACUCUCUCUGCGGAAGCCCAAGGCCACGCACUAAAAUCACCAUCAGGGCUAAUCUGCCUUCUCGAGUGACGCAUCAACAGGAUGGAGAAGAAAAUCUCUCAUCGACAGCAAUGGCGAAGAACUUUAAGUGCAAGCCACCGACAUUUUUAGAUUCUUCCGUCUCUCAAGCUCAACAGAAACUCCAAAUGACACAGAGUUGCCCCACACCACCGAACCAACGAAAAAGAUUCUUCCUCAAUCCAAAAGUACUCAGAAGUUCCUUCACUCCACAGAAAUCUUCAAGACGUAUGACAUCCUCGCCCGAACCAAUCGCAAAUGAUAACCCCUCCGCGUUAUCAGUUUGGAUGACCACUUCGUUGGAGGGAAAAGCGAGAUGGCCUGGCGUUGUCUUAGGGAAAAUCAAGUCUCUGUGGAACAGCAGUCAAGGCACAGCUAACGACGGGCUGAAUCAGCUUAUCGGCUCGAGUAAAAUUGCAGAUGACGAGGGCGGUUGUGUGAAGCCACUUUCUUCAAAGACUAGGAAAUCGUCACAGUCGGAUCUGUAUAUGAGACUGGGUUUGCUACUAGGAUCCGGGCGGGCGAACGCAAACGCGGAAUCAGACGCAUGUUCCACGCGAGCCCCGGUGCAAGGGCAUGACAGCUCUGCGGCUUCUUUCAGCAGCCUGACCAGCUUCGAGACGCAAACGUUGGCCUCGACAAACACGAGCCCGGUGUCCACAUUGACGGGCACUUCGAGCGAAGCGGAGGCCGCGGCGGCGCUGCGAUGUCCUGUCAAACCAAAGGUCAAGGCAAAGGGAAAGAUCAAAUCCAGGAACAGCGACAGCGCCGGCAGCUUAGCGUCCAUUUCCACGUCGUUAUCCGCGUCUACGUCGAUGUCCAUGUCUAUGUCGGUGUCCGUCUCGGGUCUGUCAAAUGGUAGCUCCAGCCCGCUCACGUCCAGAAGACAUUCCGUUAAUACCACUCAAACAGGUCAAGCAGACGAGGUCGGUCAAUUUAAAAACAGACGAUCCUGCAUCAGGAGGUCAGCGAGAACUAACAAUUUCAAGGGACCAGUAGACGCUAAAUUACGUUUCGCUCAGCAUCACGCGACGCAGUUAACACUAAAGCCGUUGUUCUUUGAGGUACCUUUAUUAGAGGAGGACCCACUUUUCGCGGGACGGCAAUGGCUAUUGCACGAAUUAGAAUCCAUGAUCAACGGCUCCAGUCCUGGUAUCUUGAUCUCUGGAUUGCCUGGCACGGGUAAAACCGCGCUCGUCCUGCAGUUGGUUGAACAUAGUUGUUUUGGUAGAAGGAAGGAGCAGCCAAGAUUUUUGGAAGCGAGUAACGAAUACGACGAGAAUGAGAAGCAGAACAGUAGCACGACUUUGCGAGCUAAUAUCCGGCAUACGAAUGAAAAGGUUCGCGAAUUAGCCUCGCACGUCGUGGCUUACCAUUUUUGUCAGGCCGAUAAUAACAGUACCUGUGUAGUGCCGGAUUUAAUUCACUCGUUAGCAGCUCAACUUUGCCAAGCCCCUCAAUUGAUCUCGUAUAGAGAGUACCUCCUGUCCGAGCCUCAUCUUCAGGGCUCGCUGUCGCAAAGGGAAUGCACCGUCGAUCCAGAUCUCGCUCUCUCCAGGGGUAUUAUCGAGCCCCUUUCGACUUUGAAGAAAGCGAACAGAUUACCAGACACAAAUAUGGUGAUAUUAAUCGAUGCUAUUUGUGAGGCCGAAUAUCACAGGCCGGACCGAGGCGACACUAUAGCUUCUUUCCUAACCAGACACGCUCCUAACAUUCCUAGUUGGCUAAAAAUCGUUUGCACAGUCAAGUUGCAAUUAUUGGACUGCGCAAAACAACUACCGUAUACAAGGAUCUCGCUAGAUAAGACUACGAACGAUGUUGUCGGUAACGGCAUCGCGAGGGACUUGUCCGAUUACAUCAACUAUAGGCUCAUGCAAAGUCCUUCCAUACAGGCGAAUAUAACAGCGUCGGUAAAUGGCAAGGCGGAAUUGUCGUGCAGUGCGAGUCAGAUGAGAUUCGCUUCACACUUGCUCGCAUUGGCUAAAGGAAGCUUCCUCUUUGCUAAGUUGACGCUCGAUCUCAUCGAAAGCGGCCAUUUAGUUGCUAAAUCUGCGAGUUACAAGGUCCUACCGGUUUCUCUCGCGCAGAUCUUUCAAUUACAUUUUAAUUUGAGAUUUCCCACGGCAGCUUCGUUUGACAAAGUGCAACCUCUUCUGGCUGUCUGCCUGGCAACUUUGUAUCCACUGACCCUGCCUGAAAUUUUCUACUCCGUAAAUUCUCUAAAUACAAGCUAUUUUAUUUCAUGGGAAGACUUUUUGCAGAGAUUCAAGAUGCUCUCUGGCUUUCUCGUGAAACGCUUGGACGACACGUACAUGUUCUUCCACCCCUCAUUCAGAGAAUGGCUGAUGAGGAGGGACGAGGGAGAAUCGACCAAGUUCCUGUGUGACUACAGACUCGGGCACGCGGCGAUAGCAUUCAGAUUGUCCCGCCUUCAAGCGCCGUUGGACGGUGACAAGACCUUGGAACUGGGCCAUCACGUGUUAAAAGCGCACGUUUAUAGAGGCGUAGCUCCGUGUUUACCCUCGCGCGAUCUACAGGCAAUCUGGCUGACUUCGUCGAGCGAAUGCGUCUCUUUGGCGCUGUGUAUGCUUCGAAACAUUUAUAGCCCGAACGUAAAGGUAUCGCGAUUGCUUUUGCUGGCAGGCGCAUCUCCAAAUUACAUCACUGAAUAUCUAGGCAACGCAUCGGCUCUAUGCAUGUACGCGCAUGAGGGUUCCGUCGAAAUGGUGUCGCUUCUCCUCGAGUUCGGUGCCGACGUCGAACUGACCAACAGCCAGGGUUGUACCGCGCUAUCACUCGCAGCUGCCCGAGGUCACUGUGAUGUCGUCAGGAGGCUGGCUGCCGCUGGAGCGUCAUUGGGACACGCCGACAUGGCCGGCCAAUGUCCGUUAGUGCACGCGGCCAGGCAUGGGAGAUUAUCCGUAGUAGGGUAUCUCCUCGCCUGCGACUGGGUUGUACCUGCCAGCGAGAACAAAACGGAAGGUGGUUUCAUAGAAGUAGGUAGAGAGGAAGCUGCCCAACAAGCCGUUGUCGCGGCCGCGUCGCAGGGCCACGAAGCCGUCGUGGAAUAUCUUCUAGAUAUGGCUGAGGUUAUCGUAGAUCGUCCCGAUACGUUGAUAGGCGAGACCGCUCUGACAAUUGCCGCUGCGAACGGCUUAACCGCGACAGUCUCUGCCCUCUUAGCCCGUGGCGCUAACCCGAUGGCUGUCAACGCGAAAAGUCUUUCCCCUUUAAUGCUUGCCGUUAGAGAAGGCCACUGGAGUACUGCUGAACAGCUCUUGCAAGGAGUUUUGUCCGCCAGCACAGACGCGGCAGUGGACGAAGUUUUACCGCUUCUGGAACAACGCGACCACGCUGGCCGUACCACGUUAAUAUUCGCUGCUUCAGAGGGUCAUACCAGCCUGAUCGAGUUACUUCUCGACAAAGGAUCGAUCUUAGAAACGAAGGAUAAAGAUGGACUCACUGCGCUCUGUUGGGCUUGCGUUAGAGGACGCGUGGCCGCCGUACAAUUUUUACUGGACCGUGGCGCUGAUGUCAAUACUAACGACAACACCGGUAGAACUCCUUUGGAUUUGGCCGCAUUCCAGGGUAAUCCAAAACUGGUACAGCUGUUGCUCGAGAAAGGUGCCGCAGUGGAACAUGUCGAUCUUCAUGGCAUGCGUCCCUUGGAUCGAGCUAUCGGAUGUCGCAAUAUACCGGUGGUUCAAUGCUUCUUGCGUCGUGGCGCUAAACUGGGUCCCGCUACUUGGACUAUGGCGGCUGGAAAACCGGAUGUUUUAAUAAUCCUGCUAAAUAAGCUUUUGGAGGAUGGCAACGUGUUGUAUCGGAAGAACCGGUUGAAAGAAGCGUCGCAUCGAUACGCGUACGCUCUCAGAAAAUUUCCAACUUCGCCGGAGGAGGAUUGCCAAGGCCAGGAACAGGGUCAUAUGAUGCUGCAACUUCAAACUUUUACACAGCUUCGCUUAAACUUUCUUCUGAAUCUCAGUCGAUGCAAACGUAAAAUGAACGAAUACAUCGAGGCAAUCGAACUUGCUGACGAAGCUCUCAACGUACGGUCCGUGUCCUAUGAGGCGUUCUAUGCCAGAGCUAAAGCGCGCGUGGACUUGGGCUUGCUCGAGGACGCCUUAUCGGAUGUUCAAGAAGCUCUACGAAACACACCGGCUUACAACAGACAAGAUCGUAGAGUACUUACGAGCUUGAGAGAAGAGAUCGUCUCUCGGAUUGAUGGUGCUGGAUCCAGUAAAGGAUACGGUGACUGCGUAACCAGAUCUCGCCUACGAGCGUCAGUAGACACUCUUACAGAAUUAUAAAGACAUUUGUAACGGCCACAAAAUCGGGGAUAAGUUAAGAUUACACAUAAUCCUUUCGAUUCGAGUGUCAAUUAUGAUGAUUACUAUUCCUCCAUGAUGACAUCGAAUUCAGGACCGAAUUUAGGGAACGGCCAAACGAAUUUUAUUCGGCUUAGAGAUUCUUGAGAGACCUAAACGGAGUUUUGCGCUCCGUGUUUGUGUUCAUUGAGCGUGUCAAAUAACGACAAAAGUUGGUCGAGAAAUCAAAAACUUACUCCCUUAAUUGAGAUUGAGAUUUUAAACAUAUGUCUAUUACAGUCUUCAAGUGGGAAGUGUGUUACGCAUCUUUAACAUAUUUCACCCCGUAUAUCUUAUUAUUAUUACAAAUAAUUUAUUAUUUAGAUAUUUAAACUUUCGCGUGUUCUCCAAGAGCACAUUCUGAUGCGAAAAUAAUUGAUUCAAUUAAAUUUAACUGUACGUUUUCGGUAUAAAUUACGUAUACUUGAAAAUUCCUUAAUAUUCUUAUAAUACUUACAUAUUUUACUGAAUAAAAAUAUUUUCAAACGUUUAGAAUAACGAUAAUUAUACUUGAUUCUAAUAGAUACGUGCACAGUAAUUGUAAUAGCGGCCGCCAUAGCAGGAUCAAGUCGUAUUUUAAUUUAUACGAUACUCGGACGUUGGUUGAUUGUUAUUAAAAUUCGGAAUAUUUGGCAGCUAUAUUGUUUGGCCAUAAAGCUUGCACAUGUUGAUUAUAAUCUACAAAGUUGCCCGUCCAAAGAUGAUUUUAAAAGAGAAGACAUCCUACAUUCUUUCUGUUAUACGAAUAUAUAACAUUAUUUAUUUGAAUUAUACUUUUCAUAAUGAUCACGAAUUGAAUAAAAAUUUAUAUAUACGCGCACGUGCACACAAAUUUAUAGAGGAAAAAGUGGUAUUAUGGCCCUUCAUUUAUAUUUUGUUUAAUAACUUUAUUAAUAUUUUUACUUGAAAAUUUAACGAUUACAUUCGUCGAAGUGUUGUUCAAUCUAUUCUAGAAAGUUAUGAAAUACUUAUUAUUUAUUUAUAAAAAUUGGACAACAUUGUAUAAUGAAUCGAAAAGAAAUAUAGGUAGUAAUGUGGCCUCUAUUAAAAUAGAUUUAAAAAAUUAGUUUUUUUUUUUAAAUAGUGUUUUGUUAUAAAUUUAUAUAUUUAUUCGAAAUAGAUUUUCUUAGAAGGAACACAAUGAAUAUGAAUAAUGAAUUUAAGCGUGAAUUUUUAAUAUAUUCGGUUAGCCAAAAAGUCUUUUUUUGUUUUUUUUUUAAAGAAAAUUUAGAGACAUAUUUUAUGUGCAAACUCAAAACUUCGUUUAAUAAUAUAUUGAUCUUUUUAUUCAACUAUUUUCUUCCAUUUUUCAGACAGCUUUAUUAUUCCAUCCUCGAAGAACUUUCCAUUUUUUUCAGUGAAAGAUAACUUCAGGUAGAUGUUUCCAGAUUGUCGCAUUUCUUUCCAUUAAAGCUCGACUCCCUCCGCUAGCCAUAUUUUGUGACGCCAUAGAUGAGAAAUUACAUGCAAUAACCCACAUAGCAAAAUAUAUCAGAGAUAUAUAUUUUUUUGGGGGUCUCUUGACAAGCUGUCCUAGUACAGGACAUUCAGUGAUUUGUUUGAUGUUAGAAAGGCUUGCGCGAAAUAUGCCCCUUUGCACAUUCCAUUCUAUUCAAAACUUUGAGUCAGCCUGUUAACAGAUCUGGGGGAAUCUUUCGUUUUAACCUUCUUAUAGAGUUUCCUUCCGUCAUAAGAUAAUUAGCCAAAGUGUUUGGAUGAUUUGUUAUUCUUUCUCUGUAGCUUUCGAUUCUUGACUUAAUCUUUUUCCUUAUUGUGGGUAAAUUCAAGUUAUGGUGUAUGAUGUCGUUAGUUACGUACCAAGAUGCAUGAGUUAUGAUUCUCAAUAUCUUUGUAAAAUUUCAAUGUUAGAAAGGGACACUGUACCCCAUAGCUGGAUCCCAUAUGUCCAGAUGGGUUUUAAGAUGACUUUGUAUAAGAGCAGUUUGCUCUCUAGGUUUAAUUGCGAUUUGUGAUUCAUCAUCCAGUACAUUUUACGCAGUUGGAGUUCCAUCUGCUUUCUCUUGGCAAAAAUGUGUUUUUUCCAAGCGAAUCUGUCUAGAUGCAUUCCGAGAUAUCUAACUUGUUCCAUUGCGGGCACCUCAACGUCAUUCAUCCUGAAAUAUUAACUUUUAGAUUAUAUAUGCAUGAAAUUUACACCAAGCAUAAUCAUAUUAAACGCGAAGUGAACGUUAUCUUUUAAAAAAAACGAAAAAACUUAUUGGCCAACUCAAUAGAUAGGGACUUAUUUAUUGGAUGGUAGGCACAAAUUGUCAGAAAGACAGUUUCUACAAAACAAAUAGAAUUUUAAACCUAACUUGAAUUGUUAACUUAUCGAAUAACUGCUUCGAUAUAUGAAAAUCUCAAAAAAGAAACCAUAUUAAACCUACCCUAGUAGCACACUUCAUUGGCGUUACAUUGACCAAUGUUCAGCCAAUACAUCACCAAUGAAAUGUGCUACUAGGGUAUUUUAAUAGGAAGUCACAUUAGCAAAAUGCUAUGUUAUUGUUUAACUUGGCAUAACUCGAAAUGUAUACAGCGGGAUAAAAUAUUAAAUAAUGAACAAAACAUUCACAAAGUGUACAUCUAUUUGUGUGAUAAUACGCCCAAAUUUAAGAAGAACGAGGAAAUAUGUAUAAUUAAAUGCUGAAAUAUAUUUUGAAAACAUGUCGAAAUGCUCGAAAGUUAAAAUGCGUUAUAACAAAUGCCAACUAUUGGGUAUUGGCAUAUUAGCGCUAUUACGUAACAACGGGCUAUUAAAUAAGUGACUCCAUAAAUAAUCACUAAAAUUCGCUAACUAGUAGCGGAGAUAUUAAGAGGGGAGAGAUAUUAUUAUUCAUUAUACCUACCAAGGCCAUGAUGAGACUUUUUCUUCUAUGUAAAUGUGUAUUAUAUCGAUAUAUAGUAAUUGGGUUUGUAGCAUUAUUCUAAUUAAAAAGAGAAAUUAUUUAAUUGUUCCUUUUUUUUAGUAUUUUAUAUAACAGCCAUUAAAAUAUGCACUGCUGCGUGGGUUGUAUAUAUAAUACGUUGAACUUUCCGUUUAGACUGUUUCCUAUUUUUGUUAUGGAACUAUUCAACAAUUAUGUCACAUGAAAUUUGAAUAUUUUUACUCUUCUCCCCUUCGUCACAUUCUGUCACAAAAUAUUUAGACUCCUUUCCAAUAUUACGUGACGUGUAGAAUUAAGCCCCCUCUCUGUCUCUAUAUGUUACUAAAUUUUUUUAGAUCCAGCAUGAAAAUAAGUACCGUGUGCCGAGGGCUUAAUGUGAUGUUCUAUGAUCUUUAUUUUCCAUCUAUCUGCUGUCAUACAAGCUAAUAGACUCCCCUUCUUCGUGGUGUGAUGUAAUUGUUGAAUGUGUAUGCGUGCGCGCGCGCGCGCGUGUGUGUAUAUGUGUGUGUGUGUGUAUGACUUCUUGUUUAAAUAUAACUUAUUAUAAAAUGUCAUAUAAUCAUGUAUUGAUACCGAAAUACUAUACAUAUACAAUUAUUACGUCAUAGAACGUAAAUGAUCCACGCAGCGGGAUGAUCAUUUUUAAGUGUUAUUUAAAAAAAUUCAGUUCUUAAUAAGUCAACUUCGCAAAGCUUACUAUAAAAAUAAUGUUGAAAAAUUUAAUACAAUGUCAGCAAGAAAUUCAACCAUAAAAGUAGUUACAUUCUACAAUGAUCUAAUUGAAGUGAAGAUAAGUUGUAUUUAUGUUUAACAUGUUUCAACUCAAUACGUUGCAAUAUGCCGUUAUAAUUAUAAAUAUUUUAUUCCAAAAAGAAAUUAUUCUUAUUAAAAAUAUAGUAUUUUAAAGUUGAAUAUUAACAUUAGAAAUAAAAAGCUUUUUUUCCCUUUUUUUCUUUUUUGACAGGAAAUUGUAUAAAUACAUACAAAUUUCAUAAAACUAUGUGUAUUCUGUAGUACAUUUAAAACGUUAUUUUCUUACUAAUAAUGAUUUUUUCAGUCUUAUAAAUAUUAUAAUGCAUAUAUUAUAAGUAAACUAUCAAUUUCGAGAACGUGCGGGAGGGGGAGAGGGGAGGCACAUGCGACCCACGCGGCAUGAACGGAAAGUCGUCAAAAAUCAGUCCGUGUUAAUCAGCAAACGUGUUAAUAAUCUUAGUAUGAUAUUUGUUAAUAAAUUAAAUAUAAAUUUCAUAUAAAUUUGAGCCAUGUAUAUAUAGAAUAGUUAUGAAAAUUUCCAAUCUGGACACGAAGAAAGUUAAUGCCGUUAUCGAUAACACGAAAAAAAGUCUGAUUUCUUAACUUCACAGCAAUAUUCAUUAUGCUUACAUCUUGCCAAGCGUAUACUCUCGUAAAAUAUUGCAAAACUGGUGUUAAUGUAAACCGCUGUUUAAGCAGUUUAUUUAAAUAUUUUCGUAAACGCAAUUUACAAAUGUAACGGAGCGCUGUUUUUUUUUUUAAUUCGUUUCAAACAUAAGGAUAAAAGAUAUACUGAAUGUUAUUAAUUCUGUCGUAACGAUAAAGAGAAAGUGUCAAAUAAACCAAUUUUUCAUUCAAACAGAAAUCUUUUUACUUCCAUAUCGAUAUAUCUCGAUAAGACGAUUACAUAUAAUUUAAGAUAGCAUUGAAAUAUUUACGUUCAUUAGUUGAACGCGGGAGAAUCAGUGUUUCUUCCUGUUUCCCUUAUUG